CUCAGCCUGGGCACAGCCUACCGCCACCCGCGCACCUCAGCGCCGUCCUGGCUCAGCGCUUCGGCCCUUGGCAGCGCUCGCCCGGCGCCCCUCGGCCCUCGCCCCUUCCCCGGUGGCCGGACAGGAAGAAGCCCACCAUGCCUGCCUCCCCCAUGAUGCUCCUGAGCCUCCUGACCCUCCUGCAGCUGAGCCUGGCCAGCUCCCUGGCACCUGGAACCCUCACUCGGUACCUCCCCGAGAAUCACAUCGAGCUCCCAGAGCUCCCAGGCCCUGCCCUGUGGGAGCCUCAAGCCGGCCACCUUCGGCGGAGGGGUCCAGGCAAGAAAGAGCGGGGCCCUGGCAUGCCAGGCCAGGCCCAGGAUGGGGCUGUGGUCACUGCCAACAGGCAGGACUCAGGGCUGCCAGGAGCUGGGCAGCCGCUGCCUGAACAGAGUCCUGCAGGCCUGAUGCGGGACAAGCACCUGCUCCUGGACCUGGCAUUGCCCUAUGCCAAGAAGGAGAACCGCUCUCCAGGGUGGGAGAGGGCGAAGAAACGUGGCCGGGAACACAAGCGGCGCAGGGACCGGCUGAGACAGCACAGAGGUCGAGCCUUGGUCCGAGGUCCCAGCUCCCUCAUGAAGAAGGCCGAACCCUCCAAUGACCAGACCCUGGAUGCCAUCAUGGAGGACUCCUCCACCAGCCUGGCACCCACCAUGUUCUUCCUGGCCACCCUGGAGGCAGCAUCUGCUACGGAAGAGUCUCUCAUCCUGCCCACCCCCUCCCUGCUGCCCCAGCAGGCACAGCCCCGGCCGGAUGGGGAGGUGAUGCCCACACUGGACAUGGCCUUGUUCGACUGGACUGAUUAUGAGGACUUAAAACCUGAAGUGUGGCCCUCUGCAGAGAAGAAAGAGAAGCACUGGAGCUCACCGUCCAGCGACGGCAACCAGACUUCGCCUGCCGAUGAGGAAUCAUGCAGCCAUCACCAGGACUGCUUGCCAGGGUCCUGCUGCGACUUACGGGAGCGAGUCUGCACACCCCACAACCGUGGCCUCAACAACAAAUGCUUUGAUGACUGCAUGUGUGUGGAAGGGCUGCGCUGCUAUGCCAAAUUCCACCGGAACCGCAGAGUCACGCGGAGGAAGGGACGCUGCGUGGAGCCGGAGACCGCCAACAGCGACCAGGGAUCCUUCAUCAACGUCUAGCGUCCCCCGUAGGCGCCUCCCCGGCC